UUUUAGACCUCUAUUUUUGUCGAUAGUUUGGUCCAUUUUCUGUUGCGGAGAGCAUAAAAACCAAAGGAAAAAUGACAAUAAAUCAAUUCAAUAGUGUUUUUGCUACAAUCGAGCCGCGUUCGUUCGUUCUAACGUUUCUUCUUCCAUUCUAAUUUAAUUUAUUUUUUUCCUGCGGCGAAGUUUUUUCAUAUUCCAUUAGAAAUCUUUGUAUUUCUCCAAUAAUAUAUCUGAAUAUUCAACGCGGCUCAACGCGGUUGUUUUGCCAUCUCUUGUUGAGCGUGCAAGAAAUAUUAGAUUUUGGAGCAUCUUUCGGAUUAUUCAGGUUGUUUAAUCCGACUGUUGAAAAAAGGGCGUUAUUCUUAUCGGGAUUUACUUAAUAUUUGAUAGCCGGAACGAAUCAAAAUUAUAUUUUUUGUGUUUUGCUCGAACUCCUUCAAUCAAGCGGAAGAAAAAGAUGGGAUCUUGCUGCUUCAAAGGGAAGGAUACAAGACCAGCAUCAAAUGCAUAUUCACAACAGAGACCACAGCCGCCGCCGCACGCGGUGAAACCCUCACCACCGCCGCCAAGUUCUUACCGUGCGGAGGCUCCGCCGCCGGAAACUCGGCAUGCUCCACCUUCUCCACUGAAACAAAAUCCACCAGUUCCAUCAACUAAGCCUGCCCUAACAUACGACACAAUCCUUGAUAAACCAUUUGAGGAUGUUAGAAGCUAUUAUACUUUUGGUAAGGAGCUCGGUCGUGGCCAGUUUGGCGUCACCUACCUCUGCACAGAGAUCUCCACCGGCCAAUCUUAUGCCUGCAAAUCCAUCUCAAAACGCAAGCUUGUGCAUAAGAACGACAAAGAUGAUACGAAGAGGGAGAUCCAAAUCAUGCAGCAUUUGAGUGGGCAGUCAAAUAUUGUAGAAUUCAAGGGGGCUUUUGAGGAUAAGCAUUCGGUUCACCUUGUGAUGGAGCUCUGUGCUGGUGGUGAGCUUUUUGAUCGGAUAAUUGCGACUGGGUUUUACACAGAGCGUGCAGCUUCCAGAAUCUGCAGGGACAUUGUUAAUGUGGUGAACAUUUGCCAUUUUAUGGGUGUUAUGCAUCGGGAUCUUAAGCCUGAAAAUUUCUUACUUUCAACUAAGGAUGAAGAUGCGUUGCUUAAGACUACUGAUUUUGGGCUCUCGGUUUUUAUUGAAGAAGGAAAAGUGUAUAGAGAUAUUGUUGGAAGCGCUUAUUAUGUUGCUCCCGAAGUUCUAAAACGUAGCUACGGGAAAGAAAUAGAUAUUUGGAGUGCCGGCGUUGUUUUGUACAUUCUUCUCAGCGGCGUUCCUCCCUUCUGGGCAGAAACCGAAAAAGGAAUAUUUGAUGCUAUCUUAAAAGGUGAGAUUGACUUUGAAUCUGCACCAUGGCCUUCUAUUUCUAGCAGUGCCAAGGAUUUGGUUAGGAAGAUGCUUACCCAAGACCCUAAAAAGAGAAUUACUUCAGCUCAAGUUCUUGAACAUCCUUGGAUUAAAGGUGGAGAGGCCUCUGAUAAACCUAUAGACAGUGCAGUUCUCUCCAGGAUGAAGCAGUUCCGGGCUAUGAACAAACUAAAGAAACUAGCUUUGAAGGUUAUUGCUGCGAGUCUAUCUGAGGAAGAAAUUAAGGGACUGAAGCAAAUGUUUUUGAAUUUGGACACCGACAAAAGUGGCAGCAUAACGUACGAAGAACUGAAGACCGGUUUGGCGCGUCUCGGUUCAAAGCUUUCGGAAACUGAAGUGAAGCAGCUCAUGGACGCUGCUGAUGUGGAUGGUAACGGAACGAUCGACUACAUUGAGUUUAUUACCGCCACAAUGCACAGGCACAAGCUGGAAAGAGAUGAGAACUUAUAUAGUGCCUUUCAGUAUUUUGACAAGGAUGAUAGCGGAUAUAUUACGAGGGAUGAACUUGAAACGGCAUUGAAAGAGCAUGGCAUGGGCGAUGCAGCGACUAUAAAGGAAAUAAUAUCAGAGGUCGAUGCAGACAAUGAUGGCAGGAUCAACUACGAAGAAUUCUGCGCGAUGAUGAGAAGCGGACUCCCGCAGGCAGUUAAGAUUAUGUAGUGGCACUCUGAUGGUAAAUAUAAGUUCUUUCUAGUCAUUUCGCACUGAACUAGAACACAGAUACAUGCUAUCAUAGGGGCUUAUUUGUUAUUUGUUCUCUCUUGUUGCACUUGAGAUGGGAAAUGGUGCAUAAAUGAGAUGAAUGGAUUGUUCUCAGUUCCUAACGUGUAAAUUGAUUUGGGUUCUUCUUAUUUUUUGUUGCUUGUGAAUAAUGGAGGCCUGAAUUUGUAGUUCUUCUAAAGUUUCUUGUAGGAUGAAUAGUUAUAUUACUUUUCAAGUCAUGGAUAUUCUU